GCUUUCGUCUUCCUCGGAGACUCUGUUCCUAGAGAGAGAAAGUAGAGAGGGAGGGAGGGAGAUGAGCAGGAACAGCAGCAGCAGGCUGAACUCGGUGUUCUACGCGGAGUCGUACCACCCGAUCCAGGCCGGCAGCAUCGACGGCACCGACGUCCUCCCCACGACAACGCCGUCUACCGCGCCCACCUCUGCUCCUCCGCCGGCCUCUAUGACCCGUUUGGCGAUCCCAAGGCCGUGGGCGACCCGUACUGCACCCUCUUCGUCGGGCGCCUCUCCCACUUCACCUCCGAGGACACUCUCCGCAAGUCGCCCAAUCCCAUUGGAUGACUUGAAGAGGCUGGGCAUUCCACCUCCUCCAGAGGAACGUCCCUUGUCUCGCUUUGAGGUUCCAUCACCCCCUAGAAGAGGACAGGGUUUGUUAGAUAAGGAAGAAGGAUCUCACAGAAGCUCUAGCAACAGAGAAGAGCAUACUCACAGAGGAAACUCCGAGGACAGGGAAGAUCGCGUGCAUGGGAGGAGCCCUGGUGAUACAUUAGAUCACGCUUACGACAAAAGUUCCCAAGGAAGAACAUCGCCAUGACAAGAGGCGCCAUCAGGAUCAGGAGUUUUCCAAUAGGAAGAGCUCGCUGGAAUUAGAAGAGAAGCACCAUUACAGAAGCUCUGUGGAGAAGGAAGAAACUGUAAGAAGCUCUUUGGAUGGGGAAGAGCGCUCUCGCAAACGGAGCUCCAUUGAUGAUGAUGGACGUAUCAAGAAAAGGAGCAGAAGAAGUUCAUCGGAGAGAGAGGAUCAUAAAGAGAGAGACUCGUCUGAUAGAGAGGAGCGCCAUCACAAAAGCAGGUCUCGAGAUGAGAAAGAACGCUCUUAUAAGCGUCACAAACAUCGUGAGAGAUCCCAUCAGCAUGAGGGGAAAAGAUCAAUCAGUCAAGGAAUAUCCAUCUGAUUAUUGAUUUUUGGGCAGUUUGUCUUUGGUUUGAAUCCGGAGAAACAUGCACGUAGGGAUUGCUUUUUGCUUGCCUUCUACAGAGUGUAAUAAGGAGAAUGAUGUGCAUAGAGAUUUAACCAGAGGUGUGAAUACGGAAGGCAUACUGAGGGAGAAGUCGUCUUGUUUCUGUGACUGAGUUUAACCAGAGGUCUGAAUACGAAAGGCAAACUGAGGGAGACUUCGCCAUCCGGAACACCUAAUUCCUUCCGGAGGUAGUCCAUCUGAGUCACAACUUUUAGAUGUGCCAACAAUUGUCAUUGAAAGGAACUCUUCAAUUGGUAUAUGACGGGUUGUGCUCAGAUUGGCAAGGGAAAUCGAAUUGUUAUCGCAUAAGCGCAGGCUAACGCACCUUUUCAUCUUUUAGGCACUUUAGUGCUAGUCUUUUGUUAUUCGUAACAUUAUUUCCUUCUCAAGAAGCUGCUUCACACCCACGCAGAAGACAAGACUAAGCUCUGUAUCCUUUCGGUCUGUUUAAGGCCCAAUUCUCUAAAUUUCUCUGCUGAAAAGUUAUAAGUGGUUGAACCUACUAUAAUAUCUAUGAUCUCUCAAUUUCGUA